UGUGUGUGUGUAUGAGUGUGUGUGUGAGUGUGUGUGAGUGUGUGUGUGUGAGUAUGAGUGUGUCUGUAUGUGUGAGUGUGUGUGUAUAUGAGUGUGUGUGUGUAUGUGUGAGUGUGUGUGUGUGUGUGUUUGUAUAUAUGAGAGAGAGAAUACGUACAGAACGCUGGAAGAACUCAGCAGGUCAGACCGCAUCCGUGAGAAAAGAGUAGCCAACGUUUUGGGCCGAGACCUUUCAUCAGGAAAGCAGCUAUAUUUUAAGGUAAACACAAGAGAUUCUGCAGAUGCUGGAAAUCCAGAGCAACACACACCAACUUCUGGAGGGACUCAGCAGACCAGGCAGCAUCUACGGAAAUGAAUAAACAGUCGACGUCUUGGCCAGAGGACCUUCUUCAGGACCCUUAUAUUUUAAGGUGUAAUUCACAUUUCCAUGAAGCAUAAAGAUGCUGCCAGGCUAGCAACUUUCCGUAGAUCUCACGGCUUUUCGUAGAUAUGGCAGGGAGAUCACAAAAAAGAUGGCAGUGUUUAAGCAAGUACCUGAUUAUAUUACCUUGUCAGGCAACUCGGGAAAGACGUGUGAUGUCACAGCCUCAUGAUUCAAGACCAGUCAUUCCAAAGAUUGGACAGGAUGCCAAGGAGUCUUAUAAUGAAGUGGCUGGAAAAAGAUUAAAGCUGUAUUGCCAGUUUGCUAUACGAUCUUUUGGUUCCUGUACUUAACCAUAAGAUCAUAAGUGGAGAAUGAGGCCAUUUGGCCCAUCUGAUGGCACCUGAAACAACAUUCAAGAAGAAUGGAAAGUGUUCUUGCACUUGUACUAUGGGCGACCUUUACAAUACUGUGCAAAAGUCUUAGGUGUGUGUGUAUAUAUAUAUCUAGGGUGCCUGAGACUUUUGCACAGUAGUGUAUUUGUCAACGUGGAGCAGAGAGUGAGUUUGUAAACAUGGGGGGAGCAAAAGGUGUGAGGGAAUGGUGAGGGUGGAGUGCCUCGGGAGGGGUGUGGGACAGGUGGCAGAGGAGGAGUGCCAGGGGCGGGAGUGGUGCGGGUACAGACACACCCAGUCCUGAGUCACCAGGCAAGGUGAUUUGAUUGCAAACAAUGAGUUUAUUGAUCAUUACAGAAUGUCUCUUUGGUGCUUCCAGCUCCCUCCCCUCUCCCCUCCUCCUUUCCCCAACCAUGAUUCCACCCCCCUCCCCACUGUCCCCUUCCCACUCCUGGUCCACGAUAGAGACCCAUAUCAGAAUCGGGUUUGUCAUCACUCACAUACGUCAUGAAGUUUGUGCUUUUCUUGCAGGGUCCGCUUGCGUGUUCUCACUGUGCCCAUGCGUGUUUGCUUUGGUGCUCCAGCUUCUUCCCACUUCACAAAUACGUGCAGCCAAUAAAAGCCUACAUCUCGCCUCACGUCUCCAAGAGUUAUUGAUGGUGCAUCAAUUUUAUUGGCUCGAAGUUUAAAACAUGGACAGCAUUUUACGUCUGGAAAAAUUAGACGUUGAUCCGCAAGACUCCGAAGCAGCUCUUGCCUUUGAACUCUGGCUUGCAUGCUUCCAAUCGUACUUGGAAGUGAUUCCAGUGACUGAGCCUGCCACAAUGUACAAAAUCCUCCUUUCCAGGGUCAGCCCGAAAGUAUUCUCCCUUAUCAGAGACCUGCCGACCUACCAAGGGGCACUGGACGCCCCCAAAAGACAGUACCUGCAGCUGGUGAACACCGUCUACGCAAGGCAUCGCUUAGCUACGCGGCGACAGCGGGCCGAUGAGUCGAGCGCCGAGUUUCUCCGAGCCCUACAGACACUCGUGCGAACUUGCGACUGCAAAGCUCUGACGGCGGAACAACAUUUGGAGCUGCUGGUACGGGACAUCUUCGUUACGGGACUGAGGUCAGUGUACGUGCGCCAGCGGCUGCUGGAAAAUGCUGAUCUUACCUUACGCUCGGUGAUCAAGAUGGCCGACACGCUGGAGGCUGCUCUGCACAACGCUGACGCUGUCCAGCCGCGCGAUCCCCCGCCGGUUCCGUGGACACCUCAGUCCCCGCCACCUGUGAGCGAAUUCACCGCCACCGCUGCCAGUCGCGAGUCCACGAACUCCCCAAAACCGACCACAGCUGCUGCUAGUCGCAAGUCAGCGCAGUGUUACUUCUGCAGACUUGAAAAGCACCCCCGAAAACGCUGCCCGGCCCGAGAAGCGACCUGCUCCACUGCGGGAAGAAGGGCCAUUUCACCAAGGUCUGUAAGUCUAAACCACGAGCGGGGUCGGGCAGCGCUGCGUGUGAGGCAUGGGGGCCGCCAUCUUGCCUGCCCGCCUCGUGCAAGACAUGGGGGCGGCCAUCUUUGUCAGCGCCACCUCACCCCGCCCCCGCCCCACCGGUGCUUACCGGGCACCAAGGUGGCAAUUCAACUCUGGCCCUUGACCAAAGCGCCCCACACCAGCUUGCAAGGUCAAUGGACAUCCUGGUGGAGGGGCACAGGACUAGCUGCCUGUUUGACACGGGCAGCACUGAGAGUUUUAUUGACCCGGACAUGGUGCAACACUGCGGACUUGUGACACAGCUGGUAAGCCAGAGGGUCACCUUGGCUUCUGGAUCGCAUUCCACAGACAUCCGGGGGGUUGUGUAGCGACAUUGGUGGUGCAGGGCACAGAAUAUCGGGACUUUGUCUUACUGGUCAUGCCUCAACUGUGUUCCCCUGUGCUAUUGGGGCUCGACUUCCAGAGCCAUAUGGCAUAUGACGGGUCCCUCCCACCAAUCACUGUCAGGAAUCCUCAGUUCUGUGGGACUUCAUCAUAUACCCCACUACUGACCACACACACACACCAACCCGUACAUCCCACCCAACACCAUGCCAACGGCUGCGCUACUGACACCAUUUGCAGCCUCUCCACCCUCAAGAUCCCUCCCCCACCGCUGUUCGCCAACCUGACCCCUGACUGUAAACCUGUGGCAACUAAAAGCAGGAGGUACAGCGCGGGGGACAGGGCCUUCAUUCAGUCGGAGGUGCAGCGGCUGCUCAGGGAGGGGAUCAUUGAACCAAGCACAAGUCCUUGGAGGGCCCAGGUGGUUGUUGUUCGGACCGGGCAGAAAAAUAGGAUGGUCAUGGUCUAUAGCUAGACCAUCAAUAGGUUCACGCAGCUUGACGCGUACCCCCUACCCCGCAUCGCGGAUAUGGUCAAUCAGAUAGCUCAGUACAAGGUGUACUCGACCAUAGAUCUGAAAUCCGCUUAUCACCAGCUCCCCACCCACCCAGAGGACCGCCCCUACACCGCCUCCGAGGCGGGCGGCAGGCUCUAUCACUUCCUGCGCGUCCCCUUCGGUGUCACAAGUGGUGUCUCUGUCUUCCAGAGGGAAAUGGACCGGAUGGUGGACCAGUGGCAACUGAAGGCCUCAUUUCCCUAUCUGGAUAACAUCACCAUCUGUGGUCACGACUGGUCAGAUCACAACGCCAACCUCCAAUGAUUUUUCCAAGUG